AUGGUCAGUCGACCAUGUCAGCCACCGCGCCCAAUCGAACUACUCCUACGAGAGAAGUACGACGAAACGGAGAAUCGCCUCGGACACGCCCAAAUCAUCCAGCUCCUGAAGUUCUGUCUCAAGACGUACUUUACAUUCGACGGAACAAUCUACGAGCAGGUGAAGGGAACGCCAAUGGGUUCGCCGAUUUCGGGACUCAUAGCCGAGGCGGUCCUUCAACGGCUGGAGUCGCUGGUUUUCCGACACCACAGACCGAAAUUCUGGGCUCGGUAUGUGGAUGACACCUUCGUCGUCAUCGAACGGGAUCAGGUGCUGACUUUCAAAGAACAACUCAACGCCGUCUUCCCGGACAUUCAAUUUACGAUGGAGGAGGAGGAAAACAAUCAGCUGGCCUUCCUGGAUGUCCUCGUCUGCCGCAAAGACUGUGGUGGCCUAAAAACCAAAGUGUUCAGGAAAGCGACAAAUACGAUGCAAAUACUGAACUUCAAUAGCAACCACCCGAUCAGUCACAAACGCAGUUGCGUAAGGGCGCUAUACCGGCGUGUUGAGACGCACUGCAGUGAAAUGGAAGACAAGGUUGCUGAAUUACAAUAUCUUCGACGGGACACUCGACGGGACCCGGCCAUAAUUUCAAAUUUCAAGAGGCCGAAAUCCUCGCAAGGGGUGACAACCGCGUGA